AUGGGCUCACAAGGUUUAGGGCAUACCGUCACCGUCUUCGGCGCAACUGGGUUCCUGGGAAGAUACAUUGUGAACAGGCUUGCCAGGCAAGGAUGUACCGUCAUAGUUCCCUACCGAGAGGAGAUGGCGAAACGUCAUCUGAAGGUUUCUGGAGAUCUGGGUAGAGUUAUAUUCAUGGAAUGCGAUCUAAGGAAUACCCCAUCGAUUGAGGAGAGCGUAAGACAUUCUGAUGUAGUAUACAAUUUGGUCGGACGGAUGUACCCCACCAAGAACUUCGACUUGGAGGAUGUUCAUGUGGAAGGAGCAGAGCGAAUUGCGGAUGCUGUUGCAAAAUAUGAUGUUGAUCGGUUCAUUCACGUCUCCUCAUAUAAUGCCGAUGCAAACUCACCUUCGGAGUUCUAUCGUACCAAGGCGCAAGGUGAAGCUGUUGUCCGCAACAUCUUCCCAGAAACCACGAUCGUGAGACCAGCUCCCCUUUUCGGGUUUGAAGAUCGUCUUCUCCACAAGCUUGCUGGUGUGACCAAUGUCUUGACAUCUAACAAUAUGCAAGAACGUUUCUGGCCAGUCCAUGCCGUUGAUGUUGGUCAAGCGCUUGAAAAAAUGCUCCAAGAUGAUAGCACUGCUGAGCAGACCUACGAGUUAUUUGGACCUACCAACUACUCAACUGCAGAAAUUGCAGAAUUGGUAGACAAGGAAAUCAUCAAGCGCCGCAGACACAUCAACCUGCCCAAGCGAAUUCUCAAACCUGCUGCUGGUAUCUUAAACAAGGCACUUUGGUGGCCUGUUCUCUCUGCUGAUGAGGUUGAGCGAGAAUUCAUUGAUCAAAAGAUCGACCCAACUGCAAAGACCUUUAAGGAUCUUGGAAUUGAACCCGCAGAGCUUUCCAGCCUUACGUUCCAUUACUUGCAAGGAUACCGGAGCUCUGCAUUCUACGAUUUACCGCCAGCUACGGAGCGAGAGAAGAGGGAAGAGAAGAAGUAUUUGCACGUUCUUGAUGAUCAGUAG